AUGUAGCCUAGGAGUGGGACGGGCGAAGUGAGGGGAAUACUUUGGUCCAGUCCCAGUCUCCACUUUUAAUACGCGCUCCUACACAACUCCGGGUGAUGCAGACCUAACUGGGAAUCUAGACCGACUGGCCGGGAAGACACACGAGCACCACAUUCAUGACUGACUAUUUGGAUUGUAAUAUCAAUAAACCGUGGAAGAUUGAGAGAAAAUUGAAGAAAAACUUGGAAUCUAAUCUGAAUAUUUGUCCGUCUUGUUUCCAGGGGGAGUGAGUUACGAGGACAGCUCUAGGAGGACAUCAAACAGACUAGACCAGCAGCCUUCCACCUCCCAGCACCAUGCUGCUCAGAGCACCCCUCACUGCUGUCUGGCUGGCCCUUCUACUCAGCUGCGGUAGUGAAACCAAACCAAACGGAUCCAAGAACAAGAAACCAAAACAAGUGGUUCCAGCCAUAGAGUGUGACGUCCGGGCGGGGAAGAUCAACCUCCCAGAAUUCAUAGCUAAAUGCCCGUCUGACUGUAAACAGACAAAAAGUCAGGUUUAUGGGACAGGAGUCUUCGCUUCCAUCUCCAGCAUCUGUAACGCUGCCAUACACAGCGGUGUCAUCACUAACUCAGGGGGUAAAGUGAUUGUUAGGAAGAUGGCUGGACAGAACAUCUAUAAAGGCUCUAACUCCCACGGGCUCCGAUCUCUGUCUCUGCCCAAGUGGAGAGAGUCCUUUGUUGUCUCAGUUGGUAAGCCUAAGAAAGGAGUCAUCUAUCCGUCUUCUCUGGACUAUAUUCCCUCGAGACCUACCUACAGCAAAACAGGUCAGAAAGAGACCAAAGCCCCUGUGGUCACUACCGUAAUGCCGGCUACAGCGCCAGAACCCACCAGGACUACCACACCUCCACCCACUACGGCCACCACCACACCUCCACCCACUACCACCACAACCCUCCCACCCACCACCACUACUACAACAGCCAAGCCCCGCGCUGCUGUCCACAAAGCCAGGGAUACAGACAGCAGUCAUCCGUACUUUGCGUCUGUAGCAGCAGCCUCCAGUGCAAGGCAGUCACAGAAUGGCCACGGAAAGGUGACAGCCCAAGCAAUCAGAGGCGGUACCUACACCAGUAGGUUUCCAUCACGAGCCAAAGCAGGUCUAAGGAGACCAGAGGCUGUCGGGUCUCCUACCAUCAGGAGACAACCAGUCCCCGGCCACCACUCCGGGACAGCUUUCAACCGAGUUGUACAGAUGGUCCCAGCAGAGAGGAACCAGCAGCAGCAACAGAACAACCCCACUUUGGCUCGUAGGGAUAGGCCGCCCACUUCCUUCGCACGACCUGAUUGGUACCCUGGAGCGAGACGGCCAACAGACGUAAGUCAAGCAGCUCCAGAUUCAGGCUACACGUGGAGUGAGGCGGAGACAGCGCCAGAGAUGACAGGUAAGUCAGCCCGCGACCCCAGGCCUGAUAUCUCCGAGUAUGAACGCUGGUAUUAUAACUUUGGACAGUACCCACCCCAGUCCACAGACCCCGAGCCACAAGACACAACUCAUUCUAGAGUGGGACCAGUGGACUCCUGGAAACCAGAAGUGAACCCUUUUGAUUCAGGUUUCAGUGUGAGAGAGCAGGACUCACUACCCCGGGCCGACCCAGAGCCUGUUACUCAGGGAGACCCAAACUGUAAAGUUGACAUAGCAUGGCUGAUGGACGGUAGCUGGAGUAUUGGGAAGCGGCGCUUUAAGAUCCAGAAGGACUUCCUGGCUGAGGUGGCACAGGUCAUCAACGUGGGCAUGGCCGGACCCAUGAUGGGCGUCAUCCAAUACGGAGAUGAUCCGGUCACAGAGUUCAGUCUGAAGGCCUAUACUAACUCCAGAGAGCUGAAACCUGCCAUAGACAAGAUCACACAGAAGGGAGGGAUGUCCAACGUGGGGAAGGCACUCUCCUAUAUCAACAAACAUUACUUCAGCGACGCCAACGGUAACCGGGGCGGAGCGCCCAACGUGGCUGUUGUUCUGGUAGACGGCUGGCCAACCGACAAGGUAGAGGAGGCAUCACGCCAGGCCAGAGAGUCUGGUAUCAACAUCUUCUUUGUGACCAUCGAGGGACCCGACGAGAACGAGAAGCAGAAUGUGGUGGAGCCAAACUUUGUGGACAAGGCGGUGUGUCGAACCAACGGUUUCUACUCCCUACCCGUGUCGAGCUGGUUCGCCUUGCGGAAGGCAGUCCAACCCCUCGUCAAGCGCGUGUGCGACACCGACCGUCUCGUCUGCAGCAAGACCUGCCUUAACGCAAACGACAUCGCCUUCGUCAUCGACGGAUCCAGCUCUGUGGGCACCGGGAACUUCCGGACCGUCCUGCAGUUCGUCGCUAACAUCACGCGGGAGUUUGAGAUAUCGGACACGGACACACGAGUCGGCGCAGUACAGUACACGUACGAACAACGGCUGGAGUUUGCCUUCGGCCAACACAACAACAAGGCUGAUCUGCUUAAUGCCAUAAAGAGGAUUAAUUACUGGAGCGGCGGGACCAGUACUGGAGCAGCUAUCACCUAUGCAGCAGAGCAGCUGUUCAGCAAGUCCAAACCCAACAAACGCAAGAUCAUGAUCGUUAUCACCGACGGGAGGAGCUACGAUGAUGUCAGAGCUCCGGCGUUGGCCGUCCAUCGCCAAGGUGUGAUAGCGUACUCCAUCGGCAUCGCCUGGGCAGCGCAGGACGAGCUGGAAUACAUCGCCACCGACCCCGACAAGGAGCACUCCUACUUCGUAGACGAGUUUGACAGCCUCUACAAGUUCGUCCCCAAGGUGGUCAAUAACAUCUGUCAGGAGUUCAACUCACAGCCACGCAACUGAGCUGAGCAGGGAGGGCACCUUAUUCCCUAUAUAGUGCACUACUUUUGAACAGGGCCCCUAGGGCCAUGCAGACCCACCUUGCUUACGUACACCUAUACUUAUAAAUCUGUGCUUACAUAUCAAGGAAACAAGGAAGGAAGGAAGGAAGAAUACGUUUGUAAAGUUUUGAAACAGGGGCUCAGGGGCUGUAGGGAGGGGGCUAGAUAUUUAUAUUAGGAUCCCCACAAGCUAAUUAGCAGCACUAUCAUGGAGACAGGACAGGGUCUCUACAAAAUGUAUUACCGGUAAGUUACCAAAAUUAAACAUUUUAAUAGUUGGUGCUGAAUGGGCAAUACUUUAAUUCCCAUGGAACAUUAAUACAAUUGGUUCACAACGAUUAAACUUUGGCCAUGUGAUCUCAACUGUUGUUGGUGUUCUAGUAACAGUCAGGGACGGGAGGGUGUUUAAUGUUCUCACUCCUAAUCAUGUAACAUAACUGAUGAAAAAGUUGAACCACCUGGACGUGGUGCUUACCAGGGUUGAGGUCAAUUCAAAUCCAAGGCCGUCAAUUCAGGAAGUAAACUGAAAGUCCAAAUGUAAUCAUUUUUAAAAAAGUGCUUUUAUUUUCCACUUCUUAAUAAACUGAAAAAGGAUAAACUAUUAAUUGGUAAAGUUUAACUUUUUAUUUUAUUUUUUAUGUUAAAUUCAAAUCACUUCCUGAAUUGGCUGACUGAAAUUUGAAUUGAGCUCAACCUUCAUGCUUACAGGAAAAACUAUAAAGCAUGCCUAAACUACUUCUUCUGUCUUAACACACCACAUAAUCUGAUGCUUAUAGAGAGACAUAGCCUUAUGGGGACAUGGUGCUUAUAGAGAGACAUGGCCUUAUGGGGACAUGGUGCUUAUAGAGAGACAUGGCCUUAUGGGGACAUGGUGCUUAUAGAGGGACAUGGUCUUAUGGGGACAUGGUGCUUACAGAGAGACAUAGCCUUAUGGGGACAUGGUGCUUACAGAGAGACAUGGUCUUAUGGGGACAUGGUCUUAUGGGGACAUGGUCUUAUGGGGACAUGGUGCUUAUAGAGAGACAUAGCCUUAUGGGGACAUGGUGCUUAUAGAGAGACAUAGCCUUAUGGGGACAUGGUCUUAUGGGGACAUGGUGCUUAUAGAGAGACAUAGCCUUAUGGGGACAUGGUGCUUACCGAGAGUCAUAGCCUUAUGGGGACAUGGUGCUUAUAGAGAGUCAUAGCCUUAUGGGGACAUGGUGCUUACAGAGAGACAUAGCCUUAUGGGGACAUGGUACUUACAGAGAGACAUAGCCUUAUGGGGACAUGGUGCUUACAGAGAGACAUAGCCUUAUGGGGACAUGGUGCUUAUAGAGAGUCAUAGCCUUAUGGGGACAUGGUGCUUAGCACUCCCUCUUAAGGCCUAAUAACACAGUGCAGAAAUACCAUGUGGUGCUUUACAGUAGAUUGAGGUUGGAAAAGGGAUACGACUGCAGACAAUUAUCUUUGAAGAGGACCGACAGUCAUCAGACCACAUUAUGGGAAUUACGCCAUAUUAUGGUCUUAUCAGAAUUUUACCAUGUGUGUUUAUACUGUGUGGUCUUUUAUAGAGGAGAGAUUUGAUUUAACAAUAACAGGUUUUAACCUGAAAGACCCAUACUUCUGACUUAGCAUGUUAGCGGCUAACAAUAACAGGUUUUAACCUGAAGGGGCCAUACUUCUGAUUUAGCAUGUUAGCAGCUAACAAGCACAGGUUUAAACCUGAAGGGGCCACACUUCUGAUUUAGCAUGUUAGCGGCUAACUAGCACAGGUUUAAACCUGCAGGUAACAUCUUUAGCAGCUUUUCGCAUGUCCAAUUAGAAAACAUGUCUUACUUGGGAACUCUAACUGGCUCCUAACUGUCUUUUAAUCAAAACAAAUGAACACAUGGUCAGAUGAACACAUGGUCAGAUGAACACAUGGUCAAAUGAACACAUGGUCAAAUGAAAGAAACGCUUCAAGAGGAAGUUGUAGUUUUCUACCAGCUCUGAUACUGUACCUAUAAAUAGAUCAAACUAAUACUUUUAACCUUAACAGUGUUCCUCACAAACUAAACCAGGGUCGUAUUCAUUAGUGCACAUCGUAGCAAAAACAUUUAACAAGGGGAAAAAAUGAAAAUGAGUUUCUUAUUGGACAGAUUCAAGUAGUCCCUCCCUGUUUCAGUCCAUUUUCAUCCAUUGGGUGACUAAUGAACACAACCCAGUUCUACUCUCCUCCCUCUAUUCUUCCAAUAUAAUGUGCUUCCUUCUUGUUCACAUGGCUGAUAUUGGUUUGUUCUGAGUAUUUAUAUAAUCUCCCUGUUUUUAUUUUUUAUCCUGUUUGUACAUAUACAUAUUAAAAAGCCUUGUCAUUUUCAAAUACAUAUUUGAUCAAUAUUUUAAAUGCGAUUUUUAAUAAAAUUAUAAUAAAUAAAUAAAUAAA